CGCAUUUAACAUGAUUGAUCCGCUAAUGGGACAGAAGAGCAGACGCACAACUUCAGCUUUAAACCUACCCACGGUUCCUCUUUACUCCUUUCUUUCCAUUUCAACUCAAACGAGCUUGAUGUGAGCGAGGCGGGAAAAAAACUCCAAAAAUCACCUCCUUUCCCUUCUGUCACCCUCACAGAGCACCUCUCACCUUUACUUUCGGAUUGUGGCUUUAACUCACGACUUCACUGGGCACAAACGACACGAGAUUCUUCUGCAACUUUAACGCACACCAGGGACAAAAUCACCGACAGGGAAACUUUUUAUUUUUAUUUUUCUGGCACAAAGAAGCGUUAAAGUUACACAAUGAGUCUGAAGUCAGAUUCAGAGACGAACACCAGUGUUUCAUUAGAGGAGGAGGUACGAACGCUGUUUGUCAGCGGGCUGCCUGUUGACAUCAAACCACGUGAGCUUUACCUGCUAUUCAGACCCUUCAAGGGAUAUGAAGGAUCUCUCAUAAAGCUUACCUCAAAACAGCCUGUGGGGUUUGUCACGUUUGACAGCCGGUCUGGGGCUGAAGCAGCCAAGAAUGCAUUGAACGGUAUCCGCUUUGACCCAGAGAGCCCUCAAACGCUGCGUCUUGAGUUUGCUAAAGCCAACACAAAGAUGGCAAAGAGUAAACUGAUGGCCACGCCAAACCCUUCCAACCUGCACCCAGCUCUGGGUGCGCACUUCAUCGCUCGAGACCCAUAUGACCUGACGGGGGCAGCACUGAUCCCUGCGUCUCCUGAGGCGUGGGCUCCGUAUCCUCUCUACACCACUGAACUGACCCCAGGCCUGCCUCACGCCGCCUUCACGUACCCCGCCGCCGCUGCCGCCGCCGCCGCCCUGCACGCCCAGGUGAGGGACCAACCGAUGCGCUGGUACCCUUCUCCCUCUGAAAGUUCUCAGCCGGGAUGGAAGUCACGCCAGUUCUGUUAAAUCUAUGCCAUUCUGUACCAGACGUUGUUGUUUUUUUUUUUUUUCUCCCUCCGGUUUAAAUGAAGGCCCACUGGGUGCAGCAUUUAAUUUAAUCAGGUUUAUUUAACGGACAAUUUAAACAUGAAGGAUUGUUUUCCUGGAGGAAGUCUUCUACAAGGCACUCUGAGAUGCUGAGGACUCUGACAAACCUCACGGUACCGUCUCCAUUUCAAAAGCCACGCAUGAUGAGCCAAUUGUGCAGGCGUUCAACAUGUCUAGCUGCUCUGGUAGAUGUAUGUUUUUGAGGUCGUCGUUCUGCAUGCGAUAAGGCAUGAGUUUUAAAAUCCAGACCUUUAUUUUUUUUCAUCCCAGCUAACCCAGAGGUUUUUUUUUAUUUUUUAAAUCCAGUCUGUGUAAUGGUUUUCUAUUUUUAAGAACUGAUGACAUGCACUGGGUAUUUGUUUGUGUUUGUGAUCUUGACGUGAACGAGCAGAUUCGAGUUCUUGUUUCCUCCAGACCUUUGUUGCAUCUUCCUCUGCCCUGAAAUCACCAGUCCUCUGCUAUCGGUGUCUGCUUGGAGAAUAUUUGAACAAAAAAAGAAAUGUACUAGUAUUUUUGUACAUUAGUGUAAUGAAUAUUUAUGCAUUUGUUUUGUGCAAUUAAAUAAGUAUAUAUGUAGGAGUAGUUUAGUGUUCCCUUGUAUCUUUGUGUUUUAGUUGGUGGUUAAUUCCGUCUAUAACCUGUUUGGAGUAAAUAAGUGCAAUCUUGAUUUUCCUUUUGUUUUUUUGCUGUUACAUACUGAAGUGUCCAGACUGUGGCAGAGUUUAAACGGACUGCUAACAUUGCUGUAUUAUAUGAAGAAAAAAAAAGUAAAUGCUGUUUCUUUUUCAGAAUGUGAAACUGGAGAAUAAAAGGGAAUCUGAGGA